CGGUCAUACUCUUGGAUUGGAUCCGUUGUUCGGACUCGCUAAUGGAAAAUCUCCCCCGAUUUCUUUUGCAAUCGUACACAUAUAUAUGUAUAUAUCCCAUUGAACAGUGACAUUUAUAUACGCCAAGCUGCAUACUGCAUGCGAUUAUCGCCGUGUCCGGGAGUGUCCGAGUGCGUGGGUGUGUGAAUAUACUACGAAAUGGAUACAAAUACAAGCAGCAGCAGUGAGGAGAAGCAAGAACAACAACAGGGCUACUACCAGCACACCUGGAAGUCAGCCAAUAAGCAUGGAAAUUCGUUAUCAGACAGCCGGGAUUACGAUACGAAUUCGUCGCGCACAUCGCUGUCCGGCUCGCCACCCGCUGCGUCAUCGGAGCUGCAGCUCGAUUUCGCGAGUUUCGAGGGGAAGCCGCUGGCGUCGCUUCUGAUGCCCAAACGGGAGUCGGACGACCGUACGGCGGGCAUCAUACACAGCGACAUAUUGAGCAUUUAUGGCCUUCCGACAUCGGCAUCGGCAUCGGUUGCAUCCACGGCUGACUCGACCAACGGCGAGCAACAGGUGCUGAAUCCAUUAGAAUUAGGUUUGACUCUCGAGACGGACGACCAUGAGAUGUCGACGGCGACCACAUACGCCCUGUUUGCAGAUGUCCCGCAGGCGCAGACACAGACCAUCAUCAAAAUGGACGAGCGGGAGGACGAUAACUACGACGACGAUGUCUUCACACUGCGCCCCCUCACAAGUCCAUCCUCAAUGGGCACCGAUCCGGCCCAGCUCACACUUACGCCCCUGCCCAUCACGGUCAUACCCAUCACAUACCAUCACCACCAGCACACAGAAUCCAUUGCCACAAGCCUCACCGAAGUCCCUCUGAUAGCCACCGUCAGCACCGUGGACAGCAGCAGCCAGGUCUACAACCUGGACGACAUUUGCUUCACGCUGGAAUAUCAGUUCCAGAACCAAAAGCUCGUCCAGGUUCAGCCGCCCACUGUGGUGUCCCUGAGCAUGAUAACCACAUCCGAGGCGCUCCCAGAAGCAACAACUACGCACUGUGAUAAUGGACACACCAACAGCAGCAGCAGCAACCACAACUCGGGAUCAUCGGAGCCCACUUCCCCGGCAUAUUUCACUAUUGAGACGAGUUAUGUCGAGGAAUAUGACCAAAACGAGCCGGACGAGGACAAUGAAUUAGCUCACUGCAUACACCCAGAGUCCCUGCACAAGGAGGGCGGAAGGGAGGAUGACGAUCAGCUUAUGGCCAUGGGAUACGAGAGUUCGGACGAGGCUCUCAGUCGCUACAGAUGCAACUAUGAGAACUGUUAUCGCAGCUACAGUACAAUUGGAAAUCUGCGAACGCAUUUAAAGACACAUACAGGCGACUACAGCUUCAAGUGCCCCGAGGAUGGAUGCAGCAAGGCAUUUCUCACUUCGUACAGCCUGAAGAUCCACGUACGCGUCCACACCAAGGUGAAGCCCUACGAGUGCGAAGUCAACGGCUGCGAUAAGGCCUUCAACACGCGCUACCGAUUGCACGCCCAUCUGCGUUUGCACAAUGGCGAGACAUUCAAUUGCGAAAUGUGCCAGAAAUGCUUCACUACGCUGAGUGACCUGAAGAAGCACAUGCGUACGCACACCCAGGAGCGGCCAUACAAGUGUCCCGAAGACGCCUGCGGUAAGGCCUUUACCGCCUCCCAUCACCUUAAGACGCACAAGCGGACGCACACUGGCGAGAAGCCGUAUCCCUGCCAGGAGGAUAGCUGCCAGAAGUCGUUUAGCACCUCGCACAGCCUUAAGUCGCACAAGAGGACUCAUCAGCGGCAGCUAAUUAACAAGGGCAAGAAGAAGUCCAGGCGGUUACAGAAGCCGGCGCACUCCGAACUCAAUCAGCAGGACCAGCUAGAGAUCAUACCACCCCCAUCGGAAGCGGAGGCAGAGGCGGAAACGGAGGCGCAGCACACAGAGAUGUUGAUAAUAAAUCCGGACAGUCACUGCUCGGAGACGACCAGCACGGACAGUGGCGUGGUAGUCCAUACCCUCACCUCCCACGAGCAACUACCCAAUGUGUUUGUCCUGCCCGAACAAUCGCAGGCUUAUCAGCUGUCCUAUGCUGCCGAGGAGGAGAUACCCAGCCCGUGGAUUGAUGCCGGCGUUCUGGUCUCCAAGCCCAUCAUUCCAAUGGCCCCCCUCACCGAUGCCUGUGUGGCUCUGGCCACUGAAAUGCCCAGUUUCGUAGACCUGAAGCCAGCCUUUGGGAACGCUGUGAGCGGAAACAUGGGCGAGCUGUCAAUGCCGCCGCCGCCCAUGGACGUGGACAUGAAGGCCAGCAACUCCAGUGUGACGCCCCCGACGCCCACUCUGGAGCUGAAUCAGCAGAAUAUCGAUGAUCUGCUCAAGCAUGACAGCUAUGUGAACGAUGAAGACAUGGAGACGGAGUCGUUGCUGAAUGAUAUCCUUAUGACCAUUGACAAUAACAGCGCCCUGCUGCAGGCCACGCUCCACCAGGCCGCCCAGGUGCCCAGCGAUGCAUCUGGACUGGUAGAGCUGGACAUCACGGACAACAAGCCCACGCUCAAGCAGAUUACUGCAGAUGCGGGCAUCUGCAAUUGCACCAACUGCAAGUGUGAUCAGACCAAGAGCUGCCAUGGCGACGACUGCGGUGCAGCCACGGCGCCAAAGACCAAGACGACAACGACUGUCGCAGCGAACGGGGGCAAGCGUAUAUGCGGCAGCGUGGCCACCAAAAAAGUGAGUAAACGCGAUGCGGAAAUGAACCAGAACAUCGAGGAUGUUGCUUUGCUAUUGCAAAACUUGGCUUCCAUGGGCAGUGGCAGCUCCUCCUCGGGCGGUGGUGGCUGCUGCGGCGGUGGUGCAGCAAACAAGUCGACUGCUCCAGAUCCCCCAGCAGCAAAAAGCGGUUGUGGUUGUGGUUGUGCUAAACCGGCUGCAGCGCCCAAUCCAACCCCAUCUGGCGGUUGCUGUGGUGGAGGUGGUUCAGCAGCCGCCACUCCUCUACCACCACCGCCUUCUGGCGGCUGCUGUUCGGUGCAGAAACCACAGGCAGCGGCUACGGCUCAACCAGCUUCGAGUUGUUGCUCUGGAAAGGCCCCGGCCCCGGCCCAGGCCCAGCCAGUCAUCAGCAGCGCACCUGCAACGGCUCUCAAGGGAAACUCGUGCACUUGCAAGAGUCCCGCGGAGGGUGUGGCCAAUGGCUGCUGUGUGGUGAUCUGCAUUAAAACGCUGCAAGCUCUGCGCAAAGUUCUGACGCGCCGGAAUCUAAACCUAAUGCUUUGUCCACAGCAGAACUAAACUAAGAAAAACCACUAAUCCCGAAAGCAGCAGCAGCACUACUCCAAAGAACCAAAACCAAUCCAAACCAAACCAAACCAAUCAUAUGUAAUCAAGUAUUGUGCCUGUGAAAAGUAUUUCCUAUUUGUUGAACAUAAAGAACCACAAAAAAUCGAAAUUUGUCCAAGCUGUUUGAGUGCAUUUAAGCGAAAGAUCUAUCGGAUCACAACAUGGAAACCAAAUGUGAUUGCUGUCCGGGCAAGCGGUGGGCUUACUCAUCGGAACGAUAGAUAAAUAUACAUAAAGUACAUUUAUAUCAUAAUCAAUUAAGAGGAAAAGAAACCUCCCCUCCCAGCAGACAUAAAAAGAGCCCAAAUUCCUGUAAUAUUUGAAAAGCUUAUGCCGCCCCCAAAAAACUAAAUUUGUUAUUGUUUUUUUUCUACUUUUGAAAUGAAUCAUGUGAAAUACAUAUAUCUCUCUCUCACUAACACAAAACUAUAAUUAUCCAGAGCCAAUAUGUAAUCAUAAACUGUGAUCCUACAGUGGAGGAGAUCAAAAAUUGUAUAAAAUAUAAUGAUAUAUUUUGGCCGAGCUUAAAACGCUUUGUAUCAUGCCCAAAUGAUAAACCCCGAAACAUAUAUUCUACUGUACUCUAUCUAUAUAUAUCCGAAAGAAAACAUUUGUAUAAAGUCGAAUAAAACAUAAAACUAAACCAAUUUAAUAG